UGCCGUGACCAAAACAAAUAUGGCGGCCACAGUAGAGACGAUAAACAUAUCGAAGCUAUUUGGAUGAUUUUCUCCGUUUUACCCGAGUUUACCUUUUCUUUGCACGGAUUACAUAUUUUGUAAAGUGACCAUGUAACUAGGGACAUGUUCUGGACCAUGAUCUGAACGCAGAGCCAAAACGAAACCAAGGGGACAAACGGAAGUGUGUGACUCGUUUGAAACUAAACAUCCGCCACUGUAACGCGUGUGUUUACUAUGUUAGCUCGUCGUUUCAUCGGUACAAAUACGAGGAAGAAAGGUAUUUUUAUCGUCUUUUUACCGGAACAAGGAAUGGCGUAUUGUUUAGCUUGACACACAGGACAACCGAGCAACAUGUAACACGUCUGAGUAUCUCUCUCUGAACAAACAAACAGACAUGGACUUUGUCGUUGGGACCACCUGAGAGCACCGAUAGGUAAACUCAGAGUUAAUGAUACAAUACCAUGGGUUUGGUGGACUUCAUCAUCUCCACGGUUGGAAAAUGCCUGGAAGCCGUUUGCUUACUGCUGGACCUGAAUUUUGUCCUCGUCCACACCGUGGUGCGGACCGUGCUGGCGGUGAUCACCUUUAUAAACAGCCUGCCCACCCUGCUCCUCAACUCGGUGCUGGAGCUGGGGAACUUCACCCUGUUCUUCUUGGUGUCCAUGGCAGAGGCCACGUCCAACGUAGCCCACGGCACUGUCACCAUGCUGGGGAGCCUGGUGCUGGCUCUAGAGGGGCUGCUGGAGAGCUUGAAGAUGGUGGGCUACCUGUCCAUGCACGUCCUGCUUCGUGGGAAGGAGCAGCUGUGUCGAGGUAUGCUGUCUGUGGUGGAGGGCUGUGGCAUCGCUGUCAGCCUGGUGGUCUACUUCAUCAACACUGUGGUCAACUUUGCACUCAUCGCCACCCAGAACGUGUGCUCAGUGGUGGCCAGUGUGUGGCAAACGGUCUCCAGCCCUCUGCAGAAGGUGCUGGAGUUCACGCUGACCUCCUUCACCUUCCUCUACAGCAGCCUGGUUGGGACUUCGGCUUUCCUUUGGUCACCCUGUAAACUGGUGUUGGACUUUCUGGUGUCAUUGGUGCAUAUGUUUAUCAGCAUCUUCAUAUUGAACAUUUAUGGUCUCCUGCUCACUAUUACUAUUGCUCUAACUACCACCGCCUACCUGAAUCCAGAGCUGACCAGACAGGCUGCAGUGCGAAUAGUGGAUUGCAUCAACUCAUUUCCUGCUUCACGCAGACUCUAUGUGGCUCUCCAUCGCCUCAAUUUUGCCUUACAGAGCACCCCACGUGUUUUACGUGUUGCCAUGCAGCGUCUGCAGAGAUUGCUCCAUAACCUCUAUCUGCUGGAGAGAGGACUUUGGCAGCAGCUUUCUCAACUUAGAAGCCUAGGUUUGGCUCUGAGGACACAUCUCACCAGGGACAACCGCGACAGAGUGCGCGGCGACGGCAACCCUGUAGAGGAGAGGCGGGACCCUCCAGAUGGAAGAGCAGGAGAUGGAGCCCACCAGGAGCUGCUGGAUUUAGUUUUGCCCUCAUCCAGCACAGACAGACCACUUAAGAAGCAAAGGGCUUCAGGCAAAGACAGUAAACCUCUACCUGCUGAGAAUCUGCUGACUCUGCUGAAGGAGCAGGAGGAAAGGAAGAAGUGCGUGAUCUGUCAGGACUGCACCAAGACGGUGGUGCUGCUGCCAUGCAGGCACCUCUGCUUGUGUAAAGACUGUACGAACAUCCUGUUGAGGCAGCCCAUAUACCAACAGAACUGCCCGCUCUGCCGGCACAUGAUCCUCGACAGCAUGGACGUGUAUCUAUGAGGGACCAACGGGGGUAGAUCUGUAGAUGUCAGACAGUAUGAAUCAGCAUAUCAAUAUCUGUACGUUAAGUUUUACCACAGCUGAGACUGUGGUGUAAGACUUCUUUACCAGGUUGAGUGAAAUGGAUAAAUCUGGUGUUAUUAUUCAUUGUUUUUGCUUUGAAGGAAUCCAAUCUUAAGACCAAAUGUUACAACAUGCUAGUCAGUCUCUCCAUACUUUCCUGCUUCUCUACCCUGGCAGUGGAACUCAAACCUAAGACAAUUAUUUUCACAUCAAAUCUAAAUGUUUCAAAGAAAAGUUACACUAGAAAAGGUUCUCAAUGAGUAGGUUUAUGCUACACAGAUACUGCUUUUUAGUCAGGACAAUUUCAAGUUGCUUUAGGAUUUCAUUACAAUAAUAAAUAGUGAAUAUCACAACAUUUAUCUUAUAAAUUGGCAGUGUUUUGACAACAGUUUAAAAACUAACGUAAAGAAGACACAUUUUGUCCCACUUCCAUGAGCAUAUUAACUGUGUACUAUACUUGAAAUUGCACAGUUUUUGCAAUGUAUAAUAACAAAAUUAAAGGAAAAUGAAAUUAAGGAAUACUUGUACCUUCAUAUAUCAAUCAAACUACAACAACAAAGGCCACUAUGGUUUCACCUUUUUCCACGUUAUGUAUUUAUUUUGUUUAGCGUUGAGCAGCUCGUGCAAGUCUUUUGUGCAAUGCAUUGUGGUCCAUCAAAGGUACAGUACACUUAAAUAGCAGGUGGUGUUUUUUUAUAUGCAUACUGAUUGUUUAUUGUUUACUUUUUGCUUUAUCUAGUGUGAGCUAAUGAUAUUCUAAUCCUGCUUAGAGUUAUUUUGUAGUAUGGAUUUUGGGACACAGCUACACUUUCUAUGUUGGCCCUGAGAUUAACCUGUUUGUAUCCCAUCUUCACCACAACGAGUCUUAGGUCUCGUAGCCAUGUGAGCCCUCCAGUGUCCUCCCUGAUGCUGAAAAGUCUAUCACCGCUCAUGUCUUAAAAUGUUGUGCUUGCAGUGGGCAAAGCUGUGAAGAAGAUAAACAUAACACUGUGCUUUAUUUCAUUAGCAUACAAAUGCUUCCACAUGUGCUGUAUGUACAAAUGCGCUAUGUUUGAUAGUAUAUUCAAAGCAACACUAUGAUCUCUGUUUUGUUGUUGUAAACAGACCAUUUCCUCCAGAGUCAUGUAAAGACGGUAUUCUUUGUUUAGGGAAGGUGAUUCAUAAUUUUCCAGUAAAGCCUGACAAAUUACAGCUUUAUUGCAUUUAUUUGUUCUAUUGAUAGGGCUUAUUCCAGUCUUCCACCAGAGGCACAUUACAGUCACAAACACCUGAAUCCAUAAAAGGUUUUGCCUUUCCUUUGUUGUUAUAAUAAACAGAUUUCUGUUGUAUAAAAGGACCGUAAACUAAUAAGGAUUUUCAAAUUAAUUUUGUUUUGUUUCUCGUGUGUUGCUGUUGAAGCUGAGGUGUUGGUAUUGACCGGUGUUUAGAGUUUACAUGGCAUAGUUGUGAAACCACUUAUUAUUCAUGGUGGGUGGUGUGGGGUCAAAUCUGUCAUUUUUUUCUUCUUAAAAUAAUUGGUGUGAUUUGAGGAAAUUGGAUUAUAAUCAGAUAUCAUUGAUGAAAGUGGUCUGGAUGAAAGUUUUUGAUAAGGUUGUAAAUUAUUUCCAGAGAUCUGACUGCAGUCAUUAUAGAUUGCUCCUAUAAGGUAUUCCUGUAUGGCAAAGGCAUUCCUAGUUUAAUGGAGAAAGAGAAAACAGCUGCUUUUGUAUGACAAACUGUGGGAAAGAGGAUUUGAAGACAUGAAUGUAACUUUUUAAAUACUAUGGCUGCCACAUAACUGGCAAGUCUCCUGUUCAUAAUAAAACGACUGAAACUCUCUUGUGA